AUGCGCACAAGAAAAAAAAGAGAAGAUGGAAGUGAUGUGCAAAGAUUGGGUUCUUUGAACAGUGAGCUCGGGACGAUGCCGUACGAAUUUCCUUCACAGCCAGACAAAAAGGACGGCGACAAAGAAGCGAAACAAUCUCAACAGGAACAAAAGGAUGGAUAUGAUCAAAAGGAUAUGAACGAUUUCAAGGAUCAUGACUACUAA